GGAUCACACUUCCGAGCCCAAGGCCCGGAGAAAUUCGCGGCCGUCACCAAAACCCAAAAUCUCUCCCGCCCAAACUCCCCGCGCUCCAUCUAAAUCAAAAACACACAUACAUAACCCCAGAUCUCAUCCCCUCAUUUCCCUAACCAAUCCCCCAAUCUCACCAAUGGAAAGCGACGACGAUUAUCAAUCAUUUUCACCCCCCUCUAAUUCCCCCUCACACAUCCCCAAAUUCAAACGCCUCAAAAAGAAAUCACUCGCUUCCUCACCUAACUCGAAACCGAAACCGACUCGUUCGCGUAACGAGUCGGUUUCGGUUAGUAGUAAACAGGUUCUGUUUACGAAUGUCGAUUUCGCGGAAAUAGAAGCCCUGGAGGCUUCUGAACGCGUCGAGUUAGGUGAGGAGGCGAAACCGAUUGCAGAAUCGGUUUUGUUUACGAAUGUUGAUUUUGCGGAAAUAGAAGCGCUGGAAGGAUCUAGAAGCGUGGGGUUAGAUGAGAAGGCGAAGGCGAAGGUGAAACCGAUUAGGAAUGUUGAUUUUGUGGAAAUAGAAGGUUUAGAGGGUUUUAGAAAAAGAGAGGUAGAUGAGAGGGCGAAAUUUUCGGAGAAGGAUGAAGUGGAUUUGUUUAAUUCGGUUGAUUUUAAGAGAUUAGAAGAUUUAGAGGAUUCGAGAAGUGAGGAGUUAGAUGAUUCGGAGGAUGUGUUGGUUCGAGAUCCGCUUACUUCGGUUGAUUUUAAGAAAUUAGAGGCUUUGGAAGGUUCUCAGAGUGUUGAUUUCGAUGAUUCGGAGGAUUUGUCAGUGUCACAGUCUUCGUAUCGGGAUGAGAAGGAUGGUGAGGAUUUGGGGGCAAAGAUUGCGGAGUUUAAGAGUGAGGUGAGGAGGAAGAAGCGGAGUGCUAGAGGUGGAUCGAGGGAGAAGAAGAGGAAAAUUGAUAGUGUUUUGUCGUUGCCUCGUGUUGAUUUUGCGAAAUUGGAGGAGUUGGAAGCUUCGAAAGGUGUAUCUUCUGAUGAUAAGUCGCGUGAGAGUUUUGAUAGUAUAGAGGAAAGGAGUAAUGUGGAUGGAGAAGUGAGGAAAGUGACCAAAAGAAUUUUAGAUUUUGAUGAAAUUGGGGGAGAUGCAGAGAAGAGAGAUGGAAAGGAGGAGAAGAUGAAGGUUAGGAAGGCGGAGAAGAAGCGGACUAGUGAAGGAGAAGGUAGUGAGAAGAAAGAGAAGAAGAAGAGAGUUAAGGGUACUUCCGAGGAAAUGAAGUUAAAGGAAAAGGCUUCAAACAAGCGGAAGGAAGAGAAGGAGAGGAAAGCUCAUCUAGAGCAACUCCAUGCUGAAUCUCAAAGACUCCUGCGAGAAACCAGUGGGGCUGGAUUUAAACCUGUUCCUGUUGUGCAAAAACCCAUAUCUUCACUUUUAGAGAAGAUUAGACAAAGGAAGCUUGAGGUUUCAAAGAAAAUGUCUCUUUUAAACAAUAGUGGUUAUGCUACUGAAAAUGUUGAUUCCUUAGUGGAGACUGUGGAUGUUGCUGAUAUGGAUACGGUUUCUACUAGAGGUGGAGGGGAAGAUAACUUAUCAGCCAAGGUCGAAGUGGAGGCCAAAAUAGAUGCAACUUCUGGAAAUAUAAAGAGUAGUUUAGACACUUCUUUAACGGAUGAUAUUAACAGAUUAAGGACAAACUCGAGUCCUGAAAAUGAGAAGUCGCCAGUGGCUGUAGCGGAAGAGCCUACCCCUACAUUUCGAGCUCCAGUUGAUGAUACCCAGGAUCUUUUUGGCGAUUCUGAAACUAGUGGCAAUAAAGAUGAUCAGCUAGACAAUCAGCAAAGUAGUCCAAUAGAAGAAGUUCUAGCUCCAUCGUUACUUACAAUGAAUUUAAAGAUUGACUCUGUGCCUCUUGAUGAUGACAUUUCUUCUGAUGAAGAGGAUGAUGAUAAGGAGAAUCUUGAACCAAUUAUCUUCAAACCUGGUAAUGCAUGCUCUUCUCCUAAAGGAGAUCCAGUAAAGGCUUUUGUUGAUGAUGAAGCUGAGGAAGAGGAUGACAGUGACCAUGACAUCCGCUUCCAAGAAAAUGAUGAAGAUGAUGCUAAUGAAGAUUUUGGUGAACUAAAUGAUCUUAUAGUCACUGGGUACGAAGAAAAGUCAAUUGAUAAAGAAAGGCGCAAUGAACUUCAUCAAAAGUGGCUUGAGCAACAAGAUGCUGCUGGAACAGACAAUCUUAUGCAGAGGCUGGGAUGUGGUCCAAAAGUGAAGGAGAACACACUUUUUGAUGUUGAAGUAGAAAGUGAUGAGGAUGAUGAAGGGUCUAGCGAUGAGGAAGAGGACAUUGGACCAGCUAAAACUGCUCGAAUAAAUGCAAGAAAAGCAAAACAAAUGAUCCCGCAGAUGUUUGCUGAUAAAGAAGAUCCUUUUGUAUCAUCUGAUGAUGAGGAGACUGAAAAGAUGCUUGUCAAACAGCGAGUGCUUGAAAAAGUUGAAGAUCAGGCAACCUUAAUUUCACCAGCUGAGGAUGAGAAUUCCAGAGAGGUUUUUGGUCUUAUAAAGCAGAUCAAUAAUGCCCCCAUAGCCAAAAAGAAGCAACAAGUGCCAUCAUUCUUUGAGACCCUCAUUACUGGAGGAAGUAGCAGCAGCAGCAGCAGCUCCUCAAAGUCAUCUUUCCUUGGACGGGUAUCUAGUCAUUCUCUUCCAUCCAAGAAAAGAAGCAGCACAGCCAAAUCAUUUAUUUUUGGACGAGAUGACAGUAAUAGUCGGAGUUCCAUUUUGAUAUUGGAAGACUCUUCUGACGCAGUUGCAAAAGAAAUUAGACCAACACAAAAGUCUACAGCCAAAUUCACUAGCUCACAAGCCAAGUCUGUUACUCGAAGUUCCCAGAUUGUUGCUGAAACAAAUUCCGGAACUUCACUAAUUGAGAUACUGAAGCGAUCAACAAUGCAGUCUACUUCCUGUAACCAGGAUAAUAUGGUUGGCAUGACUCAGACUAUAUUUUCUGCAUUCAAAAUCCCUAAAAAACCAGUAAAAGUAGAAGGAAGAGCCAAAUAUUAGUGUACCAAUUAAUAUUGGUUGAUAUUGAGGUGGUAUCAAUCGGCUGGACAUUCAACGAUGAGCUGCAACAGAGGCCACAACAUCUGCAAUUCUGCAUGACUCCAAACUUGCAAAGAUACCGAGAAUUUUCUGGAAAAAUCUGUAAUCUUUUUCCUUUAAGCUUCUGUUCUACUUUUUAAGUUAAAUAAAUCUGCCAAUGCUGUUAAA